CUGUCCGUCUCCCGCCUCCGCCCGGCUCCAGCCACCCUGCAGGCUCCGCCCCUGCCCUCUCCGCCGCGUCUCCUCCCUGCAGUCUCUCUCUGUGGGCGAACUGCGUGCUGCUGCGUCAUCGCCAGUGGCCGGUUUGAAUGAGACUCGUCGCACCCGAGCCGCCACCACCGUGCUUCCACCUCGGCCGCCUCCACAAGCUUUUUCUGGUCCCUUUCCCUGCGCGGUCUUUGCCAGGACCAGCCUUCCUACGCCACCACCUCCCUGCGUACCCCCGCCAUGCCACUGUACUCCGUUACUGUAAAAUGGGGAAAGGAGAAAUUUGAAGGUGUGGAAUUGAAUACUGAUGAACCUCCAAUGGUGUUCAAGGCUCAGCUUUUUGCACUGACUGGAGUCCAGCCAGCCAGACAGAAAGUUAUGGUGAAAGGAGGAACCUUGAAGGAUGAUGAUUGGGGAAACAUCAAAAUAAAAAAUGGAAUUACUCUACUAAUGAUGGGGUCAGCAGAUGCUCUUCCGGAGGAACCCUCAUCUAAAACUGUCUUCGUAGAAGACAUGACAGAAGAGCAGUUAGCAUCUGCUAUGGAAUUACCAUGUGGGUUGACAAAUCUUGGUAACACUUGUUACAUGAAUGCUACAGUUCAAUGUAUUCGAUCUGUGCCUGAACUCAAAGAUGCCCUUAAGAGGUAUGCAGGUGCCUUGAGAGCUUCAGGGGAAAUGGCUUCAGCACAGUAUAUUACUGCAGCCCUUAGAGAUUUGUUUGAUUCCAUGGAUAAAACUUCUUCUAGUAUUCCACCUAUUAUUCUACUGCAGUUUUUGCACAUGGCUUUCCCACAGUUUGCGGAGAAGGGUGAACAAGGACAAUAUCUUCAACAGGAUGCUAAUGAAUGUUGGAUACAAAUGAUGCGAGUAUUACAACAAAAAUUGGAAGCCAUAGAUGAUGAUUCUGUUAAAGAGUCAGAUUCUUCAUCUGCAUCAGCAGUGACACCUUCUAAAAAGAAAAGUUUAAUUGAUCAGUUCUUCGGUGUUGAAUUUGAAACAACCAUGAAAUGUACAGAAUCUGACGAAGAAGAAGUUACCAAAGGAAAGGAAAAUCAACUUCAGCUUAGCUGUUUUAUCAAUCAGGAAGUCAAGUAUCUUUUUACAGGACUUAAAUUGCGACUUCAGGAAGAAAUCACCAAACAGUCUCCGACAUUGCAAAGAAAUGCUUUAUAUAUCAAAUCUUCCAAGAUCAGCCGGCUACCUGCUUACUUAACUAUUCAGAUGGUUCGAUUUUUUUAUAAAGAGAAGGAAUCUGUGAAUGCCAAAGUUCUUAAGGAUGUUAAAUUUCCUCUUAUGUUGGAUGUAUAUGAACUGUGUACACCAGAACUUCAAGAGAAAAUGAUCUCUUUUCGAUCAAAAUUCAAGGAUCUAGAAGAUAAAAAAGUGAAUCAACAGCCAAAUACAGGUGACAAGAAGAGUAGUCCUCAUAAAGAAGUUAAAUAUGAACCCUUUUCAUUUGCGGAUGAUAUUGGCUCCAAUAAUUGUGGAUACUAUGACUUACAAGCAGUGCUAACGCACCAGGGAAGGUCUAGUUCUUCAGGUCAUUAUGUGUCAUGGGUGAAAAGGAAACAAGAUGAAUGGAUUAAAUUUGAUGAUGAUAAAGUCAGCAUUGUAACACCAGAAGAUAUCUUGCGGCUUUCUGGUGGUGGAGACUGGCAUAUUGCUUAUGUUUUACUCUACGGGCCUCGCAGAGUUGAAAUAAUGGAAGAGGAAAGUGAACAGUAAUCUUCAGUUUAGCUAUUUAUGCCUAGGUGUGAAAUGUUUUUUGUUGAUCAUUUCUAUAAUCCAGAGCUUUAGAGGAAGACAAAUUUAGGUGGUUUUAUCUGUUCCCCCUUCAUGUGGAACAAGAGGGGGCAGAAACAGACCACUUGUGCAUCAACCUAAAAUUACAGAAAAGAAAAUUACCCUUGGAUUGUGCUGCCCUGUGUAAAGGUGGCUGGAAGACAUUCUUUAAAAGUUAUUUCUUGCAUUAAUUAAAAAAAAAAAAUCUUAGUUGAAAUGCCUUUCACCCAUUACCUCCUGCAGUUUUUCUUCUUGCUCUCUCAGCCCAAGAUUGAACAAUUUAUUGCACACCCAUUACCUAUUCUUUGUUGUUCUUGCAUGGUUCAUAUCGCCAUUCAGUAGCUGCCCAUCCUUUGCCUUAUCUAACAAACAUUUUUCCAGGAAGGUGGAAAAGGAAGUGUUGCUCUCAUUGUGUAACUCAGUGCUGCUGUCCACGUCCCAUGGAAACAUGGGUGCAAUCAAGUAUUGUCCAGCCUGACUGUUGCUGGCUUUUCAUAACUUUAAAAUAAAUUGUGAUCAAUAAUAGUACAUUUGAUUAUACAUUUAUUAUUGUGUCUCUCUCUGAUGUACUAUGGUUUGUACAUUUAACUUUGCAAUGGUUUUGUAGUAAUCAACCUUAAAAAAAUGUUGACAAGCUCUGGUUGCUUAUUUUUAGAAAAUGAGGAUAUUUAAUAAAAAAAAAAAAGGAGGGAUUAACAGCUUUUGACCUCAAGUCUUUUGUCUUUUGAGUAUUGGGAGUUUGGCUGAAGAUUCAAAUGUUUAAUAAUAUAUAAUUUCUGAAAAUGGUUAAUAUUCCUGUGCUGUUAAGCAUCCAUUUAAAGUACUUUUCUUGGGCUGAGGAUGUAGCUUAGUGGUAGAACACUUGUCUAGCAUGUGCUACCCCAAACCAAAUAAGACUUUGCCCAUAUUCCCUUUAAAAAGCAAUACAAAGUUAUAAGAGUAAUGGAAUUCUUUGCAUGCUGAAUGCAAUGAUGUUACCAGAUUCAUUCCUUGGCUCAUUGGUAUUUGUUUUUUUAACUCUCGUUAAUUCCCAGUCUUAAUGUCCUUCUUGAAAUUUAACAUUAGUGAUUUUUUAAGUUAAUGGAAGAAAACAGCAAGAGUAUGGGGUAUUUGAAGAUGAUCAGUUUCUUAAAUUUUAAUAGUUUAGUUUCAGGAAUCUUGAUUGACUGCUAAGGAAAUGAUAAAGGAUAGAAUAUGAACAUAAUCGUCUGAUUUUGAAUCAGAUAUUUAUAAUAAAGUUUGAGGAUUAUUAUGAUCUCUCAUUUUUUGCCUAUGUUGUUUUAAUGCUCUGCAGGUCAGAACAUUGGUAACCAUUAAGGUUCCUAGAGCAUAAUGGCCAUUUUUCUCAAAUCUGAGCAAUGUGAUGUAACCUAAUACUAGGGUACAAAAUAAGCAUUUCAGGGAUACUUAUUUGUAGUUUCCUCACCUAACCUCUUGACUGUUGGCAAUCAAUACUUUCUAUUUUGGCUGGGGGAGGGGUGGUGAAGAAUAAGGGUGUGGAUCUUAAGAAUUGUUAUGUUGUAUGAUGCCUGUGACUUUAAAGUUUUUUUUUUUUUUU